GGAGUUUGGAGGGCCUGGUACUCUGGUACUCUGGUACUCUGGUAUACAUACUGAGAGAAUGGUAGUGAAUGAUUUGUAGUAUUGGUUAAUAUUUUAUGAAACUACUUCGAAAUUAAUUCAGUAAUAACUGUUUUAAGCAAAUAUUCGUUAUGAAAAUAUAUAUUGCGGCUAGUUUUUAUUAAAUGAUUAAGUAUAUAUGACAAUACAGUUUAACUCAUUGGCGCUUAAUUGGAGAUUUAUUGGUAUUAGCUAGAACCUCGGUUUUUUACAAUAUACGUGAUUUAUAUACGUAGAAACUAUAAUACUAAAACAGAAAUGUUAUAUUUAUUGGUUCAUUUCUUUUAAUAUAGUGAUAAAACAUUUAAAUGGUGUUGACUAUAUGCAUGUUUUGACGUUAUGAGCAAAAAGAUUUUUGACAAGGCUGUAUAUAUUUCAUCUCUAUGGCUAAAGGAAAAUUAAGAGGAUCAGAUUCAAACAAUAAGCUGACAGCUUCAAAUGCAACCUUUAAAAAUGGGGAGACAUAUACAUCAGAGUUUGAAAUUAAUGAAAUACCACCUAGUGCCCGCACAUUGCUUACAAAGGGUUACAUACAGGAUGAAAUUAAUUCCUAUUCAGGUGCUACUGUUUCAACACGUGGACGUUUCAUGACAGAACAAGAAAAAUUACGUUGUCCUAGUGAACGUCCUUUGUAUCUUUAUAUACAGGGACAUACAAAACAUAAUGUGGACUUGGCUAUACAAAAAAUUAAUGAAAUUAUUAAAACUGAACACCAGAGCUCUUUAAAUAGGCCAAGUAGAUUUACUAAUGCACCACCACCUCUUAUGAGUUUACAUUCCGGAGUUACAUCCGUAGAAAAAAUUUGUGUUGGAAUAGAAAAUGCCCCAGAGGGGUUUGACUUACGAGGUAGAAUUAUAGGUGCAGGGGGUGCAAAUUUAUUAUAUAUUAGGGGUGAAACAGGUGCAAAUGUAACUUUGAGAGGUAGAGGAUCACAGUUUAUUGAUCCUGUUUUAGGAACUGAAUCUCCAGAACCUCUGCAUUUGUAUAUAGAGCAUCCAAAGCCAGAAGCAUUACAAAAUGCAAAGCAAUUAGCAGUUAAUUUAAUUCAAACAAUGCAAUCUGAAUUACAGUCAUACAUACAGCAACAACCACCUCCGGUACAAUCUCAGCAAGUUAUCGAGCAAUCGCAAAUACAACAAACACAGUUCCAAACUAUGAACAUCGGUACCUUGGGACAACCUAAUGUUGUUACUAUACAACAUCAAGAUAUUAUACAACAUCCGCAAAGUAGUGUAGUAACAUUACCAGCAACAAUUCUCACUGCUACAGUAGCUGGUGCACCAGGAUCUGGUAUAACAGUUCCUCCACCUGGAGUACACAUUCCUCCUCAUUCUGGACCAUUAGUACCACCACCACAAACUCAAGAGAUACAGACAUUUAUGCCACCUCCACCAGUUGGACAAGUACAAUUAAUCGGUCCUCCAUCAACAGUAAGUCAAGUGCAAUACCAAAUUCAUCCCGGACAACCACUACAGAUUCAAGGAAUUCAACCGGGAUCACAAGCAUCACCUCAGCCUGUGGCUCAAAUGUACGUGAUGAGUCAGCCACCGCCUCAAAAUCCGGCUCAACAAAAUUUCAUUACAAGUAGCAGUGCGCCAGUCAGUGGUGCAGUUUCUUAUGUUUAUACUCAACCGAAUGUACAAAGGCCUUCUACGCCAUCGCAAGGAAUAAUCGAAGCUGUAAACGUGAAUUUACAACAACCACCCCCACAGGCUCCAAUUAAUAUAACCCAACAACCGCCUCCGCCACUAUUGCAUCUGCAUUUUCCGCCACCAAAUUUUCCUCCAAAUCAACCACCACCCCCAGUACCACAAACUUAUCAAAUACAGUAUCAACAAGUGCAAGCACCUGUAUCACAGUCGCAAACACAGUUUGUAUUGCAACCAGGAGAGCAUAUUGUUCCACCACAGUUACAACAAAAUCAUGAACAAUCUCAGGCCGUGGCACAACAUAUGUUACCUCCACAAUUCGAGGGUCAUGCGCCUCAAUUUCAUUUACAAGUACCACCUCCGACUACCCAAACUUUCUUAGUCCCUAAUGCUCAAUCACCCCAACAUCCUCAACAACAUCCUCUUCCUCCUGGAGGUGAAAUUCAACAUCAGCAGGAAGGACCAGUGGAUCACGGACCACAUCCCCAACCAGUACCACCUCCGCAGAUUGUACCACCACCACCAUCAGCUGCUCAAAUGCCAAAUUCAAUGAAUAUUCUUACAAGUAUUCCGCCACCAACGCAAGCACCUCCUCCGCAAAAUGCUCCAUGGUUGUAUCCAGCGCAACAACCGCAGCAAAUGUUACAGUCGCAGGGUCAAUUGCAGGUUCAAAUGCCACCUGCAAAUAUACCUUUACACAAUGUACCUCCACCUCAAGUGCAAGCACAGAUACAAUAUCAUGCUCAGCAUAUGCAGUAUCAAAAUGGGCAUGUCCCGCCACAAUUACAUUAUACAGUUCAACCACCACCUCAACAGUUUGAGCAAAAACCUGAUUCACCGGAACAGAAAUCUCACGGGGUAAAGAGAAGAUUUUCAGAUGUUGAAACAAAUCCGGAAGCAUCGCCGUAUCAAUGUGUUCCCCUACCUGCUCAACGUCAUGGAACAGGAGAAGGUGAUCGACAGCAACAAGUCUUACACGGUCCAUCACCAACAGCUACGGGUCUACCGCAUGGAGAUCGAAACAAGCUGCUAAUGCCACCUCCACAUCCAGGUGAAAAACGCAACAUGGAUCAAAAACCUCCAGGCAUGAGUUCAGGAAAUGAGCAGAAUACAAUGGGAGAUUUGAUGAACAUUCAUCCAGGAGGUGGACCACCUCUACCUCCACCUCUUCCACCACAGGCACCAUGGCAGAGUCACCACGUUAGAGUUCCAUGGGGUAGACCACCGCCGAUGCCAAGAGACGGAGACUACCAAGGAAUGUGUCCUACUCUACCUCCAACUAAUAUGCCACCACCUCAAAUUAGACCCAGAGGACACGUUGAAGGUAAUCGUUCGCCGCUACAAAAUGCGAUAUUGGAGCAUCAAAUGAAUGUCGAGUAUAAUCAAAUGCUACCGUAUACAACAAAACCUCCCCCUUAUAAUUCACAUCCAUUGAUGCAAUCCAUUUGCAAUCCACCACCACCACCACCGCCGCAUCAUCAGCAACGACCGCAGCAUCCUCCUCAAACAGCGCAACAUUAUCAGGUGCCAAUUUCUCAAACAUAUCAGCCACCGACUUCCUGUCCGCCGUGGAUGAAUUAAAUACAUUCAUGUAUGAUAUUAUGAACGGACGUCUUACACUAGUACCUUAAAGAUGGCUAAUGCAAUCCGUCCAAUGUCAUGCCAUGUAUGGUAAAAAUUCAUUUAUCUAAAUAAAAUAUCACUGAUUGUCUGAUUAACUAAAUGUACUGUUGAAUUCUUAUUAUUAACAGUUACUGGCAAGUUAAUACAGUUAUUAACAAGAAAAUACAAGUCAUUAAUGGAGACGAAAAUCAGUGAUCUAUUAUCUAAACACUUCAAUUAUUCAAACUAUCAUGUGCUUCGACAUGUUCAGAUGAAUGAAGUUCUACCGUAUUGUUGGUUUCAAAAGACGUAAAAAAUAUAAAUAGAUGGUAUUGCAUUAUGUUAUCUUCAACGAAUUGUUCCAUGCGAUGGUUAAUGAUUAAUUUAAUUGUUCGUUACGAGAGUGUAUCGCUACAAAAAGACGCUGUUCUGUAAAAAUUGUGUAUAUGUUACAAAUUAUUUAUGGCGAAUGUUUGCAAAGCUUUAGAUAGCGUAGGAUAGUAAUAAAUUUAUAAAUACCAUGCCGCAUGCGUGUUUAGUGCGACGAAAAUGCGUCGAGUCAUGAUUUAUAAAAAAAAAAACAGAGAAAGGAAGAGACUAUAAAUCAUUGUGACACGAGUGCAUAUAUGUAUAUGUACAAUACUGAUUAGUUCCAAGAAAUGCUUUUUAGUAUUCACGCACACACGAGGACCUAGGAGUAUACAUUCUUUCGUUUGAAUCUGUAAUAUGUAAUUAGUCUCUUCUCAAACUUAUUAUAUACUGUCUAUUUAUAUCAUGUUUCGUUAUCCACAUAUUCUUUGUACCGUGUGUUAUCUAUUUGUAGACAAUCUACGUACGGUGUAUGCGAUUUUGUAUGGAAACGUGAAUAAAUUGUUUCCAAUGAUUUUACGGGAUCCCAUCAAAGUUGCGGAGUUCCUUCAACAAGAAAGUUCACUGCGAUUUCUUUCUGUAAAUUAUUAUAGUCGACAAUUUUUUUAAUUUCACGAUUAAGUGAACAGAAUCAGUAUCCUUACGAGUCUUCAUGAAACGAUCCUCGAUACAGUAUGAUACUUUGAACACUGUGUAUUAAAAAGUAUCAAGCUUAAGCUCUGCUGAAUUUCGACUGAUGUGCGGAAUCUUUUACCUUAGGUUAAAUCAUUAUUUUUAUGAUUUAGUUAUAGGAAUAUAUUUUUCGAUGGAACAUAAUUUUUGAAUAAAUUAAUUUAAUCGUAGUUAA